UGUGGCAGGAGUUCAAGAUCCCCUCGUCAUGAGUUGAUCUCGACCCUUCUUGACCAAGGAUUCCCUGGAAGCUUCCCACCCAUUCUCUCCCUAUAAAGGCAGGCUGAACAGCCAGAAAUAGCAGAGAGGCUGAGAACUAUCCAGGAACUAUCUGCUGUCAGUCUGAAACCCAUCUGCACACUCCAAUAUGAAGGACUCCGUGUUGUUUCUGUGCCUGCUGCUCACAGCCACCACUUUCAGUCCCCAGGCGCUUGCUCAGCCAGGUAUGGUCCCGAAUACCUGCUGCUUUUCUUUGACCAGUAAGAAGAUCCCCAUGCAGAGACUAGAGAGCUACAGAGUAAUCGCCAGCAGCAAAUGUCCCCAAACAGCUGUGAUCUUCAAGACCAAACUGAACAAGGAGAUAUGUGCUGACCCCAAGCAGAAGUGGGUUCAGAACUCUAUAAAGUACCUGGAACAAAUACCCCAGACGACAAAGCCAUAAUCACCUUUCUAGAGAAUAACAGAGCCUGAUAAAUGCUUGGUUUAUUUUUCCUUCCUAAGAUGCAUUCUGAAAUAAUCUCAUCAUAGGACCUCAUGGUGCAACAGAAGCGCGUCUGACUCCAUGAAAUAAUCUCAUCAUUCCUGAAAAGGAUGGGUUUUAUUUAAUAAUUUUUAAAAACUGUAUUUGAGUUAUUGAAGUCUUUAAAUAUAUAUUAUGUAUAUCACUCAUUUUUUAAAUGUAAAGUUUUGAGAGGAUCCCUUGCCCUCUGUGAGCCCCCAUCCCUUCCCCUGCCAAGUGUAGGGAAGUGUGACUCUCAGCAUCCAGUAAACUCCUUUCUACCUCCCUGUAAUCUUGUAAGGGUCCUAGAAAAGAUCAACAGUGUGAAAAUGCCUGGUAAUUUUAGGAGGGCCCAAGGUGUGACUC